CUGCGCUGCUGUCUGGAAGCCGUCUCCCUGCCUGGCCGCGGGGGCAGUUCAGUGUCACCCCGGCCAGAGAAGCGGGCCGUCUCCUCGUGGGGUGGGAGUGCUUUCUGCCUGCCCCUCCCCCGCCUGGAGCUGGAGUGAGCGGGCCCGGCCCGGGUGUGGGUGCAUGUACCCAUGCUUCAGGCGCUGACUCUGCAGCAGGCAGCUCCGCUACUCCAGCAGCGCGCGUGGGACUCCUGCCUCAGCACCCUCCCUCCGCGGCCCGGAAGGAAGGCUCGACCUUCCCGCCACGCCCCUCAGCAGGGUAUAUGUGCGGCAGGGGCUACGGUGGUCUGCAGCAGACUGAACUUAAUGGAAAACAUUGGGCAUGGUGUACUACACAAACAUACAAAACACGCUUCUACAGGGACAUUAAGAGAGAAACUUGCAAACUGAAGUCUCUCUCUAUCAUAGUCCAGCCCAACUGAAAGGUGUCUCCUUAACAUGUCUGGGAUUAAAAUAUGAGUUUUUGCCAUCCCACCUGCAGUGAUGGAAUAAGGGGAUCACAUCCAUUUCAACCAAAGGAUGCUGUACAGUAAAUCAGAAUUCUCCUAGCAUUACUGCCUUGCUGCCAUUCUUAUCCUGCUUCCCACUUUUUAUGGAGGAUGGUGGUGGGUACUCCCUUGGAUACAAAUUCUGAGUCCAAGGGGGUCCCCUCCUGGCCCAGAACCCUGUAUUCUCACCUUUAUUCACCCCCAACUGUAUAGAAGGCAUAGAUUCUUGUGGCUCUUGAGAGAGAGGAGAGAAAAAAAAAGACUGGGAAUGUAAUGAAGCAACAUCUUCAGACCAUUGAGAGGAAUUCUUAUGUAGCUCAACAAUGAUGCCUCCAGUCAACUAAAGCAUAUCCCAUGGAAAUUCCAUUUGGUCAUCACACAAUGAAGCCACCAUCCUGUAUAUUCAGUGAGUGGAAGCAUCAGUUCAUGGCAGCAAUGUGCACUGCACAGAUAAAACAAUUGAAGCUGCAGAGGCUUUGCUUCAUAUGGAGUCUCCUACCUGCUUGAGAGAUGCCAGGAGUCCUGUGGAAGUUUUUGUCCCUCCUUGUGUGUCAACCCCAGAGUUUAUCCAUGCUGCUAUGAGGCCAGAUGUGAUAACAGAGACUGUAGUGGAGGUAUCAACCGAGGAGUCUGAACCAAUGGAUAUGUCUCCUGUUCCAACAUCCCCUGAUAUCCGUGAACCAAUGAAAAAGAAAAAAGCUGGCCGUAAACCAAAGACCCAACAGUCAGCCAUUUCCAAUGGUUCUCCAGAUUUAGGUAUAAAGAAGAAACCCAGAGAAGGCAAAGGAAAUACAACAUAUUUGUGGGAGUUCCUUCUGGAUCUUCUUCAGGACAAAAAUACUUGUCCUCGAUACAUUAAGUGGACUCAGCGAGAGAAGGGCAUCUUUAAACUUGUGGACUCCAAAGCAGUCUCCAAGCUAUGGGGAAAGCACAAGAACAAACCUGACAUGAACUAUGAGACGAUGGGAAGGGCCCUGAGAUAUUACUAUCAAAGGGGAAUUCUCGCAAAGGUUGAGGGGCAAAGGCUGGUAUAUCAGUUUAAGGAGAUGCCAAAAAACAUAGUGGUCAUAGAUGAUGACAAAAGUGAAUCUUGCAAUGAAGAUUUAGCAAUGCCUACAGAUGAGAAGUCAUUGGAACGAGUGUCAUUGUCUGCAGAAAGCCUCUUGAAAGCAGCAGCAUCUGCACGUGGUGGAAAAAAUUCUUCUCCGUUAAAUUGUACAAGAGCAGAGAAGGCAGUCACCCGAGUUGUGAAUAUUGCCUCUCCAGGGCAUGAUACGUCAUCUCGUCCUCCCACCACCACUCCCACUGUUCCAGCAACAGCAGCUCCCAGGACUGUUCGUGUGGCGAUGCAAGUGCCUGUCGUAAUGACAUCUCUGGGGCAGAAAAUUUCAACUGUGGCAGUACAGUCAGUAAAUGCAGGGUCACCAUUAAUAACCAGCACAAGUCCAACAACGGCAACGACCCCAAAGGUAGUAAUCCAGACAAUCCCUACCAUGAUGCCAGCAUCUGCUGAAAAUGGAGAUAAAAUCACAAUGCAGCCUGCCAAAAUCAUUACCAUCCCUGCUACACAACUCGCACAGUGUCAGUUGCAGACAAAAACAGGCCUGACUGGAUCAGGAAGUAUUAACAUCGUUGGAACCCCAUUGGCUGUGAGAGCACUUACCCCUGUGUCUAUAGCUCAUGGGACACCAGUAAUGAGACUAUCAAUGCCUGCCCAGCAGGCAUCUGGCCAGACUCCUCCCAGAGUUAUUAGUGCAGUCAUAAAAGGGCCAGAGGUGAAACCAGAUACAGUGGCUUUAAAACAGGAACGUGAAAUGAAAACACUGCAACUUGUACAAGAAGAAAAGCCAGCAGAUGGAAGCAAGACUGUGACGCAUGUCGUAGUAGUUAGUACGCCUUCGGCCAUUGCCCUUCCUCUAACAAUGAAAACAGAAGGAAUAGUAACAUGUGAGAAAUGAAGAAUAGGCAGUUACCAACAUGGAUUUUCCUGACUUUUAUUGAUUGAACAUUCUGACAGACUUGGGGUGGGGUGGGGGAAUGGACAUGAUCAAGAAGGCAAAAAUGAGAGUUUAAAAAUGUAAACAUACAUGCGUAUAUCAGAGACUUACUGGAAAUUAAUUAACUGUCCCAUGUUUCAGUGGGAAUUGAACCACACAUUCAUAUGCUGACAGAAAACUGCCUCUUUCAGUUGGGAAACAACUGAACCUAUGAAGAAGGAAAAUUAUAGGGACUGGACUGAAAGGGACCAAACAGUUCACUACGAUAUCAAGUUACACUAAGACCUGGAACACUAAAAUGAGUUCUGUGAGAGGCUUGUCUUGGUUUAAUUUUCAGGGGGAGAGGAGUCUCAUUGUUACAAAUGGCAAAUCUGAUGCAUUUUUGUAUGCAUACCAGCAAUUACUACUGUGUGCGCACAGUACUCAACUGGUGCUAUGUGAAAAACUCUGCUACUAGGUAUACUAGAAUGUGAAUUAAAGGAGAGGAUUAAGAGCUUCUAAAAGAA